AGCUCCCUCAGCCAGUGACCCUGGAGGAACUGGGCUGCCAUCCCAGUAAGGAAGAGAGCUGGGUCUUUGUCCUGGGAGCAUAAAGUCAGAUUACUAAACUUCUGUGUUCACUGGAUUUGCUCUCGUUGGACAGCCUGGGCCUGUCAUUAUUCUGAGAAAUUUGCACACACUCAAGAGGAAUGUGCGGGUAUCUGCCUGCAUGGAUACGGAUAACUGCUUAGAAACUACGUAAGAGAGUCACACUGGUUAGUCAGCUAAUCCAGCGCUGAAAGCAGCUACAGGAUAAUUUCCUGAAACAAUCAAUAAGGCCUUCAAGUCCAUUUGAAACAUACUUUUAAAAGCUCGAUUUUGCCACCUUUUACCACAGAAGCUCCUGAAGAGCUGCUUUGCGUAACUACACGAGGUGUUAUUGAAUGGAACACAGCCCUGACUCGUGUUAAAACAGUGUGACAUGACCCAGGAUCAAGCCAGUAUUCCAGCACUCGGGAGCUUGACUUAGGAGACUGGCGGAAGCCCAAGGCCAGCCUGGGUUACAUCGAACAUGGUGAAGCGAGUUGCCAUCGUGGGAGCCGGUGUCAGUGGCCUGGCCUCCAUCAAAUGCUGCCUGGAGGAGGGACUGGAACCCACCUGCUUUGAGAGGAGCGAUGACCUGGGAGGACUUUGGAGAUUCACUGAACAUGUUGAAGAAGGCAGAGCCAGUCUUUACAAGUCUGUGGUUUCUAACAGUAGCAAAGAGAUGUCUUGUUACUCAGAUUUUCCAUUCCCAGAAGACUACCCAAACUUUGUGCCAAAUUCUCUGUUCCUGGAAUAUCUCAAGCUAUAUGCAAGCCGGUUCAACCUUCUGAAAUGCAUUCAGUUCAAGACCAAAGUAUGCAGUGUAACAAAAUGCCCGGAUUUUGCUACCUCUGGACAAUGGGAAGUGGUCACUCUCCAUGAAGGGAAGCAAAGCUCAGCUAUAUUUGAUGCUGUCAUGGUCUGCACUGGUUUUCUAACUAAUCCUUACUUGCCACUGGAUUCCUUUCCAGGUCUAAAAAACUUUAAAGGACAGUACUUCCACAGUCGACAGUAUAAACAUCCGGACAUAUUUAAGGACAAGCGAGUCCUUGUGGUCGGAAUGGGAAAUUCUGGCACAGAUAUUGCUGUGGAGGCCAGCCAUUUAGCAAAAAAGGUGUUCCUCAGCACCACCGGAGGGACAUGGGUAAUCAGGCGUGUCUUUGAUUCAGGUUACCCGUGGGACAUGAUAUUCAUGACACGAUUUCAGAACAUGUUCAGAAAUUUUCUCCCAACUCCAAUUGUGAGUUGGUUGAUGUCAAAAAAGAUGAACAGCUGGUUCAACCAUGUGAAUUACGGUGUGGCUCCUGAAGACAGGACUCAGCUGAGAGAGCCUGUGCUAAAUGAUGAGCUCCCAGGCCGUAUCCUCACUGGGAAAGUAUUGAUCAAGCCAAGUAUCAAGGAGGUGAAGGAAUACUCUGUCAUGUUUAACAACACCCCAAAGGAAGAGCCUAUCGAUAUCAUCGUCUUUGCCACUGGAUAUACCUUUGCUUUCCCUUUCCUCGACGAAUCUGUAGUGAAAGUUGAGGAUGGCCAAGCAUCACUGUACAAGUACAUCUUGCCUGCACAUCUGCCCAAACCAACUCUGGCUGUGAUUGGCCUCAUCAAACCCCUGGGCUCCAUGAUACCCACAGGAGAAACACAAGCUCGAUGGGUUGUUCAGGUUCUAAAAGGUGCGACCACAGUACCACCCCCAAGCGUCAUGAUGGCGGAAGUUAAUGAAAGGAAGAAAAACAAGCACAGCGGGUUUGGUUUGUGCUAUUGCAAGGCUUUGCAAGCAGACUAUAUACCAUACAUCGAUGACCUCCUGACCUCUAUCAAGGCAAAACCGGAUCUGCGUGCCAUGCUCCUGACCGACCCACGCCUGGCUCUGAGCAUCUUCUUUGGCCCAUGCACACCAUAUCAUUUCCGCCUGACUGGUCCAGGAAAAUGGGAAGGAGCCAGAAAUGCCAUCUUGACCCAGUGGGACAGGGUGCUAAAAGCCACCAAAACUCGAAUUGUACCAGAGUCCCCUUCUCCCUUUGAAACUUUGUUCAAACUCUUUAGUUUUCUGGCCUUGCUUGUGGCUGUUUUCUUGGUUUUCCUGUAAGUAUAAGAUCUAACUGGCCUUUCAGGUGCAAGGAGUGCUAUGCUCCAACCCCUCUAAUGUAGUAAGUUUGCCUUCAUAGUCAUAAACCAUGUCCAGAGAGUGAAACCCAAGUCCUCCCCUUCCCAGCUCACCCCACGGGCACCCUGGUAUUUCUGAGCCUCUAACAACUUUAUUGGGUUUAAUUCAAAAAGAUAAUACCCAACAAUUUUGUUCAUUUAAAGCGCUGGGAGGAUCCAGGCCCAUUUUGAGGGAGGAGUUGCCCCAGAGAAAGAACACUUUGAGUAUUCUUUCCCCUGAACACUCUUUUCCUGAAGCCUCAUGAAAACCCCUACCUCGCAGAAUCUUGGUUUGCACUCAAAUGGUUCUCUGUGUAUUGACUGACUAUAAAUAAAGUGGAAGAAACUCAU